CGCUGUAUCAAAUGCAAGGAUUAUUAUUGUCCCUCUCCCGUGUCAGCCAGACAGCACCUCCCGAUGUGGGUACCGGAGAGUCUGGGGGACUGCUCACCUAAAAAUGGGAUUGAGGAAUUUUUUUCCCGUGAAAUGUACGACCGCUACACCAUGUCUCCAACUGUCACAGAAUUGUGUUUUUUAUCAAAAAGGCAAAGGGUGGAAACUGAGACUUCAAGCUCCUCACAGCCACAGCUGUUGCCAGUUGAGAGCUCCAGCCAGGCGCCUGCUCCAGCACCGGCACAGAAGAAGAACAACUGUGCUUCAUUUGCUUUCCCAGAACCCAGGGUCCCAUAUCCACACUUAUCCAGGAUGGAAUAUUGGGAACAAAAUAGAUAUGUAUCCUUACUGAAAAAAUUUAAGAAUGGAUACACAUAUGCGAUUCAUAUGGUUAAGAAUGAUGACGACUUUGCUCAGUUUACGGAAAUGAAGAAAAUCGUCAGUAUUGAAACAGAAGAAUUCAUGAAGUAUCUGCAGAAUGUUGCCAGAAUGUGUGCUGAGGACUACAAUUUCAUUAUUCCCGACUCAAUCCGCUACACUGAGGAUGUUUUAAGAGAAUGGAGUAAGUCUGUGAAGAAAUAUCCACAGUAUUAUUGUAUCCAAGAUAAUACAAACAUCAUGGGAGGCAAAUUCAUCCCAGAUCUCAAGUUCACGAUGGAAAAGAAUCUAUUCAGCAUGGGGAAGAGUAGAUUUUUGAAGCUGCCUGUUUCAAGAUUUCCAUUUGACAUUUCGUUAUCAACAGAAUACAAAUACGUUUCUUCUUUUGCUUCACCUAAGGAAAGAGACUGUAUUGUGAACUCUGAUAUUAUGAAUGAUAGAAAUGCAGCAAAGCUUAGUGUGAAGUACGGUGCUCAGUUCUGCAUGACAACCCAGGCUUUGUAUACGUUAUUAAAUAACCACGGGCCAAACUAUGCAGAACAAUGGGAAAUUCCAAUUUGUGUGAAAACCAUCAAUGAAAAAGGAAAUAAAGUAAAAGUGAUCUGUUUCGACUCACCCCUUGUGAAGAAAGAGCUUACUGUGAGGGAGAAGAAUUCACUUUUUUACGAAGUUCCUUUAGACCUAUUGAUGUCAAAAAAAUCUGAUGUGCCGUUGUCUACUAUGACUUUGGACAAACCAGAAGACAUUAAUAGACUGGAGGAGAAUAUGCUCGGCAGAAAGCAGCAGCAGUAUGAAAGCAUCUUUGAAAAUACAGAUUUUGACGCCACAGAUUUAGAGACAUUUGGUUCUAUGUCCACCAGGUCAUCAAAACGAAUCUCCCAAAACAGGACCUCUGUCAAAGAUGAUAAACAUGCAAGAUCUCUCAACUCUACUGCCUCAACUUCCAAAAAGCAGGGCAACAAGAGUCAGCCUUCUGAAGACAUAUCGGUGACGUUAGGAAUAAAGGACAAGUUAAAUCAGGAGCAAUGUCCUCUGUCUGAUCCGUCCAAAACAAAAUGUGAUGGAAAAUCGAAUACAACGAAAAAUGAUGAUUCCAAGGAAGAGAAGCAAGAGACUAACUCCAAAGGGGAAACAAGAACUAAAUCAGGCACUAAUUCUUUGACAACAGAGACAGAUUCAGAUGAAACGUCAUCUUUCAAGCCGUCGAAAAAAAAAAUUUCUGAUCAUAGUGAUUCAGACGAUGAGCGACUUAUCAUUGACACAGACCAUCAGAGGCGUGUACCUGAGGAAACUAAUUCGAGAACCUUGAAUUCUGUCACUGAAAAGACCUUGCUUCAUGAGGCAGAAGACAUUCCAGAUACCCCCCGAUCACCAUCUCCUGAUCAAGAUGUGAUUACUAGAUCAAUGCAGAGCAAGAAGGAGAAUAAAAGGUCUGUACGUAAAAUUUCAAAGGAAUUUGAUCCAGUUGGGCAGAUUCUGAAAAUGCAAUGCAAACUGUUAAAGUCGGAUCCCAAACCUGUUGUGGAACAGUCACUGGUAAAUCAAGAGGCAAAUGUGCUCGAUACACAUCCAAUGCAAGGUCAUGUCUCAUUGGAAAAGAAUCCUGCAGAAUCUAUUGUGUCUGAGUCCGCUGGUUCUAUAGGCUCCAAUUCCAAAACGUUGCUCUCGGAUGAGCUCCGCCAUUGUACAGAAAAUGUGUGUGACUACGCAGACCCUUCGACGGGGAACGUCUCCUAUAAACUCUUCAGUUUGGCUGAUAUGCUAAUUAUUGUACGUGGGCAAGUAUUCAAAGCGCAAACAAAACCACGUUCGAAUAAAGUAGGACCGAAAAGGCAUAUCCCAGUCUUUUUGUACCCCAAACUGAAUUAUCAGCCCUCGUAUGGAGUAGAAGACUUUACUGACAGUGAAGCUUGUCGGUUUUGGACUGAAACCCUCUUCAAUUCUAAUAGCUGGUUUUAUAUAGCGCAUAUUGAUAUCUUUGCAUCAAAAAUAAUUUUUUUGGACCAAUUUCCAGCAGCAUCGCUAGGAACAAGGUUUAAAUCUUUCAAGCCUAUAAAUUCAUUGAAUAUUCUUCACCACAUAUUAAAAGCGGUGUCUGGCUUAGAAGAAGGCAACUAUCUGUUGAGUCAUGCCAGAAAAUUUUCGUCCGUGACUGUAUAUAGCAGCAGUCAAGAUAAGGCCACAAGAACGGACUACAACCUCCAUGCUACGCACCACGAGCUUCCGAAAGUUCCAUCUACUCUGUCAGUACCCUGGGUACCACUGGAUCCUACAAUCAUGAUGCCGUAUCACGUUCAUCAUGGGAGGGCUCCGUGCAUGUUUCCUCCUAAACCCUCGAAAAAAACUAAAAAUAAAAAGAUUGGUGCGGUCAAAGGAAACAAAUGGAGCUUUGUUCAAACCAAAGCAGUAUCUAUGGAAACAAGAAAUAAUUCUGCCAGCUCAGCGCGGGGAAAUCAGGGUGUGUCACCAAACAAAAAAAGGAAGAAGACUUAAUCAACUGUAGAAAACAGCAAAAGUGGCAACAGUAGAGAGGAAUUAGAGGCAGCUUACAAGCAUUUUGUUCCACUGUUGCCAAUUACCAGGCUCGAAGCUAUUUCCUUUAAAAAUAUAAAGUGGGGAGAAGCCUUAGGUUUCUGUUUUAAUGGAAAGUGAACUUUAAGGAAUUCAGUCAGAGGCCAGCCUUUCAUCGCAAGUAAAUGCAGAAUGCCCACUUCAUGCCUGUGAAUGUGCAGUACAUAUUUUGCCUUCACAGAAAACCAAAUUAUUAAUAAAUCUGUGUGCUGCACUUCUUGUUAUCUGCCGUUUGCAGAUGGAUUUGAUUAAGAGAUUAGGAUGUUCAGUGCAGAUGUGAUUGGCAAAAGGCAGAGAGUGGGCACAGAUUAAAUACGUUUUGGGUUUCUUUUUCAUACAUGGAGUGUUUGUGUUAAGCAUUUACUGAUUCUCACAUAAAAAUAAAAAGCAAAAAACGCUUUCAGCUUCGGAAGGCCUGACUUUGUUCGUUCCAGUUAUAUGAAAUUAAGUAAAACUCAAUGCGAAAGGUCCAAAAACUGAAAACUUUCAGAAUUUGCAUGGCUUCUGUUACACAUUUUCUCUUAAAAUGGGCUUUUAAUGGGCGAGUUCAGAGCAUGAGUCAGAAAGACAAGCAAAGCUUUGGAAUUCUGCCUGGAACAAUGGGGCUCUUGCAAAUUACUGUCCAUACAUGAUUUUUAAAUGUAUAACAUAAUUUUUGACCACAUGAGAUACAUGUAAGAUACAUGUUUCUUUUUUCCUGUUGGUUCAGUAAAGACUGAAAUCAGAAUCCAUUGUGCGAUCUGUUUUUGUAAGCAGACUGAACAGAUGCAGCAACAGAGCUUUCGGGUCUUGUAUUUCAGGAAGGAAAGUGACGCAUGGCAGCUGAGCCAAAGGAAACUUCAUUUUAAUGGAUUUUGUGAUAUGAUCAGAUAUUGUGGGAGGAAAAUUAUUUGUUUGAGAGUAAUGUACGUGGCUAGUGACAAUGAGGUGUGGCCAUGUUUUCCCAUAACGAAGUUGGAUUUUCAAAUCUGCAUUUUUUUGGAACAAGGCUUUUUGAACUUUGAAUUAUUGCAUCACAUUCAAAUCCCUCCACGGUCUCACCCCACACUACAUCUCUAACUCCUUCAACUACACCAACCAGGCCACUCCCUUCACUCAGCGAACACUGACCUCUUCAUGUUCCCCAACCUCUCAUCUCCACCAUUGUCAGGUGGGCUUUCAGCCAUUCUGCCCCGCUCCCUGAACUCCAUCUUGGUGUCCCUCUAACACACUCCCUACCCUUUUUUAAGGCCCAUUUCAACACCUCUUUGACUUUGCUUUCGGUCAUUUUUCCCAUCCCUGCCCCCUUGGUUUCCACCCCUCAGUUCAGUUGCCUUGCCUUCCUGUCGAGCAUUUUGAGAUGUCCUGAUGGAAAAAGUGCUGUAUAAGUUGUAUUUUGUAUUGUGUAAAGAUUUUUUGACAGGGAACAUGUUUUUUUUAAUAUAUUGGAGCUUAUUUUAUAAUCACAUUGUAAAGUGUUUGUGUGAUAUUUAAACUCCAUUGAUGGCCAGGUGACUGCACUGGGCCAUACAGACCAGAAUAUUGUGGGUACAAAUCCUUGACUGUACAGUUUGCUGAUCUCAGUGGGCCGGUACUUAAAGCCUCUGUAUUACAGAGGGAGAAAAAGACAGCCUGGUUUUAUGUUUCUAAGCAUUACUUGGAAACCCUGAUGGAAGAUGUGCAUGUGUGGUUAUCGAACAAGUUCAGGAUUGGGCUCAGCUGGGAUACGCAUUGCAGUCAAAUAGCCUGCCAGCCCUUACUACUCCCUCUAUUUGUAAGCAUGGAUAAUGUGCGCGACCAGACAAUUUGAUCGUGGAACUCAUCCAACAAUCGCUAUAAAGGUCACUUGAUAGCAUUGAUGCCAAUUUUAGCACUAUCCAGUGGGAUUAGUUAGCUUCGCAAAAGGUGGGGGGUUAAUCUGGGCCCCUUCAAAUCUGCAUGGCUCAGCAACACCCAAUGCACAUCCUAAAAUGGAUUAGGUUGGGCAAAAGCCAAUAUAAACAGAAAGGGUGUGGUUGAAGAUUUCGGUGCAUCUGGGAUUAUGAAUUUUACACAUUUAUUAAAUGUAUCAUUGACUUGCAAUGUAUUAUCCCAGUUGCUACUGCUGUUUUAAUAGCAUGUGUUUUCAAUGUGUGUGUGUGUGCAUCUACCUUUACUGAACAGCAGAAAUUGUAAAAAUAAGUUAACAAUGAUGCAGAUUUUGUAAAAUUCUGGUGUAGCUAGAAGGGAUGUCUAAUUCCAAUAAUUCUCCCGAGUUUGACUUAUUGUAUAUCAGAAAUUUCUAUUGUAAGCAUGAUAUUUUAUUUGGAUAUUAAUAUUUAAGGAGUGAUAGGAUCCCAUUUUUCAGUCAAUUUUAUACAGUAGAUUUUGACUGCAGUUAACUUAUUAUUAAAUAAAUAACAAAUCAAAUGAACCU